AAUAGCCUUUUUGGAAAAUCUGAAUCACUUUUGUCUCCCUCGUAAUUCCAAAGGCAUCCCUUUUCCCUCCUCAUUCUCUCUCUCUCUCAUCUUCUCUGUAAUUAUUUUUUGUCUGUAAGCUGUAACUCAUCUGGGUUUAUGAGUAAACUCGAACCCCAAUUCACCCUCUUCAUUGGUUCUUUCAACUCACCUCACUUAACCCACCCACCCAAUUAUUUUUUACCCAUUUCAAAUUUGAAUGCCGUUUUCUUCUUCCCUCUCUCCUCCACUCUCUUCCGCUUUGACCGCCUCGGCGACAGCGUCAUCUACCAUUGGCCCAUCUCCCCCAAAAGGCCAACACGCAAAGACCCACAAAAAACCCACAUUUUCUUCAUUGACGCAUUUCGUCGAACACCUUCCUUGCAACCAUGAAUAAGCCCCGGAAACAACGGUCUGAUCUCGAGACUGAAUCUAUGAACAGUUUAUUUCAAGAUCUAACUGUAAAAGAUAGUGUUAGUGUUAGUCUUAGUGUCAGUUUAAGUCCAUGUAGUAGUACUACUGCAUCUGGGUCUGAUGUUGGUGGGUCUUCUAAGCCACCAAAUAUUGGGUGUUUGCUUAAAUUGGUUGAAAAUGGUGAGAGUGAGAAAAGUGCGAGUUCGAGCUUGAGUAAUAGUAGCAAUGGUGUCGACAACACCAACGAUGCGAGUAGUAGUUUUCGGAGUAGUUGCCCGAAUAAGCCGCAUAAGGGGAAUGACAUAAGAUGGGAGGCAAUCCAAUGUGUUAAAGGUGGUAAAGAUGGUGAGUUAGGAUUAUCACAUUUUAGGUUAUUAAAGAAGUUGGGUUUUGGUGAUAUUGGGAGUGUAUAUUUGGCUGAACUUAGAGGAAUGGGUUGUUUGUUUGCUAUGAAGGUGAUGGAUAAAGGGAUGUUAGCUGGGAGGAAGAAGUUGCAGAGAGCUCAAACUGAGAAAGACAUUCUUGGUCUGUUGGAUCAUCCUUUCCUUCCUACCCUUUAUUCGCAUUUCGAAACCGAUAAGUUCUCUUGUUUGCUUAUGGAGUUCUGUAAUGGUGGUGAUCUUCAUAUUCUCCGACAACGUCAACCAAACAAGCACUUUUCCGAGCAGGCAUCAAGGUUUUAUGCAUCUGAGGUGCUUCUUGCCCUUGAAUAUCUACACAUGAUGGGUGUAGUGUAUAGGGACUUAAAACCGGAAAAUGUACUGGUGAGGGAAGAUGGGCAUAUCAUGCUUUCGGAUUUUGACCUGUCGUUAAGGUGUUGUGUAAAUCCCACUCUUGUUAAGGGAAGUUAUCAGCCCAACUGUACAAACUCAUCUUACUGCAUUGAACCACGAUGCAUUGAACCGGCUUGCAAACUACCUGUUUGUGUUGAGCCCUCUUGCUUGCAGCCUUCCUGUUUCAGGCCGCGCCUUUUCAACUCCAAGUCUAGUAAGGUUAAAAGAGAAAAGUUCAAUUUCACAAAUACAUCCUCACUCCCAAUUCUUAUUGCAGAACCUACCAAUGCUCGUUCCAUGUCGUUUGUUGGAACACAUGAGUACUUAGCUCCUGAAAUAAUAAGAGGUGACGGUCAUGGGAGUGCUGUGGAUUGGUGGACAUUUGGUAUAUUCUUGUACGAGUUACUUCAUGGAAAGACACCAUUCAAAGGCAAUGGAAACCGUGAAACAUUGUUCAAUGUAGUUGGACAGUCCCUCAAGUUUCCCGAGGGUUCACCAGCUAGUUUUGCUGCUAAAGAUUUGAUCAGAGGCUUGUUAGUAAAAGACCCUCAAAAGAGAUUGGGAUUCAAAAGAGGUGCAACUGAGAUCAAACAACACCCAUUCUUCGAAAGUGUCAACUGGGCUCUAAUUCGUGGUAGUACCCCUCCAGAAAUCCCCAAACCUACCGACCUCACAAUCUACAAUCACACAUCCAAAACAUCAUCAGAACCGCCUAGUGAAAAACAAGGAGCAUCUGACUCAGACAGGUCUUCUGGUCCUUACUUAGACUUCGAGUUUUUCUGAAUUUUCUCUCAACUUUUUAGUUAGGAUUUAUAUAAAUGCCAUUUGUGUAUACAUUUUUUCAUCAAUGAAAUUUAGCCUUUUUUGUUUCC